AAGAUUGCAACAAGACUUUUGUUGCGGAAGGCUGAACACAACAAGGCUCUUGUUGUAAAGAUUGGGUAACUAUUCGAGGCUCCAUCGAGUGGCUAUGGAGGCGGCGGAUCUUUUCAGGUUAUCACCCGGCUGACCAUAGCGUUGCCCACGUGUGGCACGAACACAUAGCAACUCCAAACAUUUUUGAUGGAAAAUUAGUGACGCGAGGAUGACAACUUUCUUUUCGGGUGGCAAGUUUCAGUUUUGUAAGGUUUGUUUUUUCUUUUUGAAUGGUAACUUUAGUUGUACAAAAGUUUGGGUCGGAGUGCUUUAUGCCAUACGUGUGACACUUAUCAUCUGAAUUUAUAAUAGCAGAAUCUUUUUUGGAUAGAAGGGAGCUCACCGUAAGGGAACAACUAUCCGAAUUUUUCUGUUGCGAUAAUCUUUCAUAUUCUACAUCUUGUGAUGAAUCAAGGGGCUUUUUUUUUCUAAAUGCCUUCCGUGCCUCUUCACCUUGAAAGAAAAAGGAAGAACAACAUUUGGAGACCACAUAGGUUCACGAGAUACCCAUCUGUUUCCGGCCACAAAUCUCUUGGCGACACUACCCUGUGAGCACCCUCCUUUCAUCUUUUUCUACUUCACAUGCAGUGCCACCCUGUGAUCAUCUUUCCUCCUGACCACAGGCGAUCACGGACAUCUCUUGUGAACGCGGCACGCCCCAAUCAAGCCGCUUUCUCACCUAGUGUUUGCUGUAUACGAGACGCUACGUAAGUAUCAUCACCAGUGUAGUAGUAUGUACAUCCAUUCUCUCAUUUCCGGCCGGCGUCCCCACAGACAUGGCAGACGACGCGGGGGCCGGCGGCGAAGCCAAAUACCCGCUCAACCCAGAGUGCUACCGCCUGCUCUGCAAGAUCGGAAGCGGCGUCAGCGCCGUCGUGUACAAGGCCGCGUGCCUGCCGCUCGGUUCCGUGCCGGUGGCCAUCAAGGCCAUCGACCUCGAGCGCUCCCGCGCCAACCUGGAGGACGUGUGGCGGGAGGCCAAGGCCAUGGCGCUCCUGUCGCACGCCAACGUCCUGCGCGCGCACUGCUCCUUCACGGUGGGCAGCCACCUAUGGGUGGUCAUGCCGUUCAUGGCCGCCGGCUCGCUGCACUCCAUCCUCGCCCACGGCUUCCCCGACGGCCUACCAGAGCCGUGCAUCGCGGUGGUGCUCAAGGAGACGCUCCGUGCGCUCUGCUACCUUCACGAGCAGGGCCGCAUCCACCGCGACAUCAAGGCCGGAAACGUCCUCGUCGACUCCGACGGCUCCGUCAAGCUCGCCGACUUCGGCGUGUCCGCGUCCAUAUACGAGACCCCGCCGCCGGCGUCGUCCUUCUCCGGGCCCUUGACACACGCCCCUCAGAUUGUCCUCAGCUCUUCUUCCUACUUCAGCGAGAUGGCAGGGACGCCGUACUGGAUGGCGCCGGAGGUCAUCCACUCGCACGUCGGCUACGGCAUCAAGGCCGACAUCUGGUCGUUCGGCAUCACGGCCCUGGAGCUCGCGCACGGCCGGCCGCCCCUCUCCCACCUGCCGCCGUCCAAGUCGAUGCUGAUGAGGAUCACGAGCCGCGUCCGGAUGGAGGACGCGGAGAUCUCCAAGAACAAGAAGCUCUCCAAGGCGUUCAAGGACAUGGUGUCCUCCUGCCUGUGCCAAGAGCCGGCCAAGCGGCCAUCGGCGGAGAAGCUUCUCCGGCAUCCGUUCUUCAAAGGCUGCCGCUCCAAGGACCACCUCGUCCGCAACGUCCUCAGCGUCGUGCCGAGCAUCGAGGAGCGCUGCAAGGACGUCACGGGCCUCUGCGGCUGCGCCGCCGGGGGCGCGCGCUGCGUGUCGCCGUGCCACGGCCAGGCGAGCGCGAGCAUCGUCAAGAACCGCCGCAUGAGCGGCUGGAACUUCGGCGCGGACUGCCCGAGGAAGGAAGACGCGGACAGCUUUGAGGAGCUCGACCGGACCGAGACGACAGCACGGCUGUUCCUUCCACUCGACGACGAGGACACCGUGCCUGAGCGGACCUGCGAAGGCGCCGGAGAAGACGGAGAUAAGGGAGUAACGGAAGAACAAGGUGAUCGAGAAGAAAACGAGGGAUCGUUUGGCGUGAAAGGGGUGGUGGUGCCGCAUCUGAUGACUAUCUUGGGAAGCCUCGAGGUGCAGAAACGGAUGCUGGCCCAAGAACUGGAAGGUGGCUGCUGCUAUCACCACGACGGCAACUGCUGCGGCGAGACGACGGCCAGGGAGGAGAUGCUACUCGCGUACGUACGUCAGCUCGAGCAGAGGGUGGAGAUGCUGACCUUGGAGGUAGAGGAGGAAAUCACCAGGAAUGCCCAGCUGGAGGAGCUUCUUCGUGAGAGGGCUGGUUAAUAUGGGGAUAAGCUGGAGACAUUUUGCGGGUAGCCGCACAACAUGUAUGCGUCCAUUUCGUUUGCGGAUGCGUGUUCGUGUAUUUGAAUUGUUACAGAUACACAAUGGCAUCCUCGUAGCACCCAAGAAGUAACAAUAUGUACGUAUAAUUGUAACAUACAUUAGGUCAUCAUUAGGUCAUCAUUGCAUAU